AUCAAAUGUUUCCAUAUGCUCUGUUGCAUCUUCUUUGCACAGACGCUCAUUCAAACAGAGCCAGUGUUUGUAACUUACUGACCUUUCUGGCGGUCAGUAAAUUUCCAUCGAAGUGCUCCAUCCUGCGUCUUUUAUUUUCACUUGUUUAGUUGUUUACUGUGCGACUGCAAAUCUCUGAAGCCCUCUGAUGGAACGACUAACCAGCAGCGUGUUGCAGUGAUUCUUGGACUGAAUCUGCAGGUUGCUGGAGCUUCUUGGCAGCACGGAGAGAAAAAGAGGAAAGGAAAAGAGGAGAGGAGGGUGAAGGGGGGCGACGACGCCGCCUUGCUUUGAUGACGCUCGCCGUCGGGAGGCAUUUGGACAGCCUUCAGCCUAUAUGUAACCCAUAUACACGCCGACAAAUGGUGCGCGUGAGUAGGAGAUGUAGUGCAGCUCGCGGACCGGGAGUUCCGGAGAUGUCUCGGCCGUCACUGUAGCGUCGCCGCUCAGCCGCAGAGCCCCGCGGCUCCGAGGACAAACCCCCGCGGUGUCAUCUGUUGAUCGGAUUGGGAGACGAUUAAGCGCAAGAGCCAUGAGCCGCGGUCCCACUUCCAGGUGAAAUUUGAAGAGAGUGAAAUGAUUCCAAAGUCGGGAAAAUCUCCGGCAGACUCCAGGAAAACAGUCGGCAUCCAUGAAUUUGCAGCACUCGCCAGAUCUUCGUUGAAUGGCAUCUCUCAGGCGGUGAGGGACCAUGUGACGAAGCCCACCUCCCUGGCCCAGGGCCGGGUCGCCCACCUCAUAGAGUGGAAAGGCUGGCCGAAGCCUACAGGUCCUCCACCAGGCACUCAAACCCAGUUCAACUCUUACUGCCGUCUGAGCGAAGGGGAGAAGGAGGCGAGGUUUGCUGCAGGAGUGGCUGAGCAGUUUGCAAUUGCCGAGGCCAAGCUGCGUGCCUGGGCAUCGCUGGAUGAUGAUGAUGAGGAGGAUGAGGAAGACUUCAAUGAUGAAGAAUCCCACACCAACGGACAGAGUUGUAAUUUAUCCACAGAGAAUCCAGGCGCCGCCAUGUCUGAACCAACCAGCGGAGUACCAUGCCAACCUGAGACCCAAGGCGUCGAGGUGCCACAGUCUGUUCAUCUCGUAGGCUCUGUCAGCAGCGGCGGCCCUUUAGAAGACAGGCCUCCAACUGAUCAAGACCUACAGAGCGGCUUGCCCUCUUCGCAUAGCGACUGCAUGUGUCCAUUCCUGGAGGAAGAGGAAGAGGAAGAGGAAGAACGGCUGGAUGAUCUGGUGGAGCAGCUGAUUCCCUUGCAGGAGCAGCGUGGCGAGGUCUGCGUCCACAGCAAGCCGGAGUGGCGGCCCCGGAACCGGAGCAGCAGGUUCGACUCCUGCUACUCCACCUCUCACUCCGAGUCCCCUGGAGAGGAGGACGAGGAAGACGAGGAGGAGGAAGGCAGCGUGUUUCACGAGGUGCGAGUGUGGCACUGCAGCCCCAGAGGCUUCUUCUCUGACCGGGGGUCUUCCGGAGUGGCGUCUUUCGACGAAGAGGAGGAGAAGGAAGAGGCGGAGGAGGAGAAGGAGAACAAAAAAGAGGUGGAGGAAGUAGAGGAGGAGGAGAAGAAGAAGGAGUAUUUGAUGUGAUGUAUCGUCCAUGUUUAUGUCUUUCUGAGUCGAUGUUGAUUCCGAUACGACAUAGAUCUAGUCCGAUAACAUUGUGAACCUCCUCUCAUCUCCUCCCCUCUUCACCCCAUCUCACCUCCUCUGGAAGCCUUUCAUCCGUCACCCCUCCAGGCCUUUUACUGAUCUCCCACAGGUUAUUGCUGCUGUGAACAGUGGACGUGUUGGAGAGUUUAAUCAGGAUGUAAAGCUGUUGUUCAAACUGAGUUUUGUAUAUUUUUGUGAAGAGUCAUGUGCUGGUCAUUUGUUGUUUUUUUUCUAUGGAUGUUUUGUAGUGUGGUUUAUUUUCGAGCUCAUCCUGUCACAUGGUUUUGAUAUGGAAAGCAUGAGUGUCCUGCAUACAGCAUAUAAAUAUGAUUUUUGAAACAAGA